CUCCUAAUCAUACGAGCUGUGCUAGCUGCUCACUAAGAGUUGAGGUGAGAGGAGACCACGUCCUGGUGCAGUGGUUGGCCGCCACCAACUCCCAGAAGAGCUCGCGAGCAACAGCCAGCAGCCAUGGCCACAGCCAACCGACGACCUGCAAGCGCCACGGCCACCUACUAAUUAAUCCUCUUCCAGCCACAGCUGCACCGGCGAUCGAGCAGCGCGCCACGUAGGUGCAGUUCUUGGACGUCCACGUACGGGAGAACGCGUGGUCUUGCAGUUGCCGCCUUGCCGCGACGACGACGAUGAUGGUGAUGGGCUACUUCCGGUCUCCCAAGUCCGCGUCGUCGCCGACCAAGAAGGGCAGGAGGAAGACGAAGAACUGGGGGCCGGCGCACGAGGAGGCGGACCUCCGGGAGUCGCUGCUGGACCAGCCUCCGGCGGCGGCGGCGGUGGGCGGCGUGCCCAAGGGGUACUUCGCGGUGUACGUCGGGGAGGAAUCCCGGCGGUUCGUCGUGCCCACGGGGUACCUCCAGGAGCCUGCGUUCCGGGACCUCAUGGAGCGCGCCGCCGAUGAGUUCGGCUUCGCGCAGGCCGGCGGGCUGCGCGUGCCCUGCGCCGAGGAGGACUUCGAGGACCUCCUGCGACGCCUCCAGCGCAAGAACGGCGGCGCCGGCGCCGGUAAAGGCAAGAAGACCGUCAGGUUGUAGCAGCAGAACCAGCGGUCCUUCGUGUCGCACGUAGAAAAGAUUUAGAUUUCUUCCUGUACAAUUUGCUUGGAGGGUAGAUGAGAAGAUCAGUUGAGGGUGCAGUUCUUGUACAGAGAGUGCAAGCAAGCAGCCACAUGCAUGCAUGCAUAGCAAUUAAAUUUCACGAAUUUUGGGAGUUUUGUAUAGAAACAAAAUAUCUAUUUUUGGAAUUUCUUUUCACUGGCACGUGGGACCCAUAGAACAUAGGACCAAAAAUAAUCAAAACUUUGGCGAAAUUUUACGAAUUUCGGUCUUUU